AUGGUAUGGAGUAUAGAUUGUAUGCACUGUGAGUGGAAGAAUUGUCCCACUGCAUGGAAAGGACAAUAUUCACGUGGAUCUGGAAAACCGACAAUCGUACUAGAGGUUGUGGCAUUGCAAGAUUUAUGGAUUUGGCACGCAUUUUUCGGUCCACCAGGUACGUUAAAUGAUAUUAAUGUUUUGGACCGCUCACCGGUGUUUGAUGAUAUCCUAGAAGGCAGAGCUCCAAGAGUUACAUACUUUUUCAAUGGACGGCAAUACAAAAUGGCGUACUACCUCACUGACGGUAUCUAUCCCAAUUGGGCGACUUUCAUCCAAUCGAUUACACUUCCACAUGGCCAAAAAGAAAAACUUUUUGCUCAGUGUCAAGAAGCAUGCCGGAAAGAUGUAGAGCAUGCAUUUGGAGUCUUGCAAGCUAGGUUUGCUAUCGUGAAGAAUCCCGCACUUUUUUGGGAUAAAGGAAAAAUAGCCAAAAUAAUGAGAGAAUGUAUCAUAUUGCAUAACAUGAUAGUGGAAGACGAACAAUAUGAGUUUAAUUUCUACGAACCAUCAGAGUUCUAUCACAUUGAAGGAAGCGGAACUUCUCAUGUCGACCUAUCGUUCUCUAUAGAUUUGUCAACAAAUCUAAAUAACAUGAUGGGCAUUCGAAAUGGUGUUCAUGAUACACAAAUGCAUGAUCUUUUGAAAAACUGA